UACGCAAGAGAUUGGUGUAAUGUGAGAUGAGCGAGAGAGGAGGAGUACAAGCGCGAGCAUUAUGGCGAUGCCUGUGAGAUCCGCUCGGACCACAGAGUUUGGCGAGAAGGCUCCCACGCCGGUGACAAUCGGGCCUGGGUCGUAUCUAGGUCCGUCCGAACCGAUCAAAACACGACCCUCUUUGGCGGCGUUCGCGUCCUCCCAGCAUCGCAGCUGGCAGGGGAAAUCAUCCACACCCGUUGGGCCGGGGCCUGGUUCGUACGGUGGAUCGAUUCCGGCGGCUUUGACAGACAACGAUAUCCGCCCCAGCUAUUGCUUCGAAUCCAGAGCCCCUCGACUGGCGCCCCAGUACCCAGGUUCGACCAUUUUCGGUCGUUCGACGGUGGUCCAAGUACCUGGGCCAGGGACUUAUGAGACGGAUGGGGCGCCGGGGCAGCACGGCCACCGAGAACUCAAGUGGAGUGGACCUCGGUCAAAGACCGUACCUGGCGUAGCGAAGCGAUUCAACCCGCCUUCGGUUCCUCGGUGA